CGCCAACGAAGGCGAUUUUUACUGAAGUUCAUUUUCCUGCUCUUACAUGUCGGAACGGGAGCUCAGAGUAACGCACCCUUGCGGGCAGGGGUGAGCGAGUGCGGGUCAAAGUUCACUGACCCCGCCUCAAAGGCGCUACUAGCCGACAUCGUGCUGCAAGGCACUAUCGAGACCCUCCGCCAGGCGUCCCUUGCUGUCACCGCUGCUGUACAAGGCCAAUGUCACGGUGCACAGGGUCUACAAAGGUCAGGGCCUGCUGAGGUCACGUAUGACCUGCUGCGCGUGGACGUGGAGCGGUUUGGACCGGAAGAGAACAAAGCAGACUGCAUUGCCAAAGGUUCUCGCGGAGACACCUUUCUUUUCUUCGCCAAGGUCCAAGACGUUCAGAGGAGUUCACUUUCGUCAGCAGGAGUCCAUUUGAAAGAACGCUUCAGACGCACCUUUGCUGAUCAACACGGCACUGCCCGUGGAGCCGGACCUGGACAUUUGCAGCAGGUGAAGAGGGUGUUGUGCACAGGCUGUGGCGCAGCGCCAGUUAUCAAAGUGCUGCACUGCCAGAACUGCGCCGUCAAGCCCUCCAUGACCCGCAAGAUGGCUGGUGACGACAUCAAGAUGAUACCUGAGGGCAAGAGCUUGAGUCUGCGCUGCGUGGCCAGGGGAAGCCCACCUGAUUACGCCUGGUUCAAGGACGGCGUGCUCUUGACACCAACCGAUGUCACCGCAGCAAGCCGGCUGUCCAUCCACACCACCGACCGCUACUCGUCGCUGGGCAUCAAGAGGCUGACGCCGGACGAUGGAGGUUUGUAUCGAUGUGUGGCGUCCAACGCGGCAGGGGAGGCCGAGCAGCAGGUACAGGUCAAAGUGCAGGACGGACCAGCUUCCGCCGCCCAGGCUGCGGACAUUGACCUCUGUGCGGUCAAUCCUUGUCGCAACGGAGGUACGUGUGCUGUGGAAGGGCCAGACCGCAGCCGCACGACUUGCACAUGCACGCCGGCCUUUACCGGACGCAGAUGCCAGCUUCCACGACGCCGACUACAGCCAGACAGGGAGCUGGGAGCUGAAGGCACGAACGAUCGAUCUUCUGAAGAGGAUGACGAUGACAUAAGGCGCACAUUCUCCAUCGGUUGCUUUUAUCUAGAGAACGAAAGGGCAGGUAUUCAUGCAGAUUUUGGGGGAGGGGGAUCCUUUGUCUCAGAAGAAGUUGAGGAAGCAAAAGCACCCUUACGGCGCAGACUCGGCGCUGGAGAAGACGCAAAGACGUCCAAAGUGAUCGCACCGCAGCUGAAAGUGUCGGAAUGUCCGGAAACCGACUACUGCCUGAAUAACGGGCACUGCAAGAUUGUGGUGAAACUUCAGCGCCGAUUCUGCGAGUGUCAGAUAGGCUUCGCUGGUAGACGAUGCGAAAUACGUGUCUUGUAAAGCUUGAUAAACUUUACUACUGACGCCAUCUCCUGCCUUCUGGAAAGAUCUGUACAGAUAUACGACGAUUCGCAGAAUGUUUUCAGAAACUUUAAAGAAAGCUUUUUACACGAAACGGAAAAAAUAAACUGAUUGUAUAAACGAGAAAUAUAACAGUAUUUUUUAUCAGUAUUGUGAACAUAGCUCAAAUUUAAAAAAAACAACAGAACUGAUGCACGAAUCCGACACAUUAAAGAAAGAAAUGUAAUAGUUUGUAAGUAUGGUUGGGUGGCAGUGUUUUUUAUAUUUAAAACUAAUGUGUUUACCCAGGACUAAAAAAAAGUGUAUGCACGAAGCUGUGUUUGUAAUCGCUUGUAAGUUUGUCUAGCUAGCGAUGUUCUUGAUAUCUAAACGGCGUUUCCUAACCAAACCUGUGUAUAGCUUCUGCUCAGACUGCAGACGUCAACCCGACGAAAGCUAUAGCCAUCGCAGUCGGUGCUGGACGAGUCCCAAACACAUUCACAGACGAGCUUCUCAAGUCUGUCGGAAGCUGUGUAUUCUAGACCAGCUGUGUUUCAGGAAAAAAAAAAAAAACCAACAAAAACAACCCACGACAUUCGAAUUCCUGGUCAAGAUAAGCACACAGCUAUUCCAGGAACUUCUAUAGGAGCAGCUUGUUUUUCAUGUACGAACAUAGGAGUGUACUGUUCAGAAAUUGCGCAUACAAAUCUAACUGGCUAUGUUGACUUAUUUGUUCCAGAACAAAAGAAAACAUAAUAACAAUAGACAGUGUGUCUGUGUGUAAGACGGUGAGUGGAGUGUGAAGUAUUUUGCCUAGUUGCUAUUGCGUUGUUUCACAUAAUUUUUCGCUCUGUAUUCGCAUAUGUGCAAGCACAUGCACGCACAUCCCCCAAGUCCUAGCCUUCAUUGAUUUACCAUUCCACAAGGCUUUGACCUUCGCCAUCUUCUUGGCGGGGGUAGGUGGUGGGAGGCAUAGCCUCAUGGCUGAUUUGCUGAAGGCCCUGUGUUCGAAGCUCUUCCGGACCUGUGCCUUGAAAACUGCACCUCUCGCCCAACACAUAGAUAGUAUACUACACACCCGUCACUAAAUUAUUGCGGGGAGGAUAAUUUGGACUACGUAUCAUAUCAGGGGAGAUAAGAGUAGGAAGGUGGAGGAUAGGCUCAGCCUUCCUCGUGUACACGCUCUGCAGUUUACAGGCCCUGUGGUGACUGGGCGAUGGAAACCUUGCACAUACCUCACCAUCAUAUCGACGAUUAGUCAAGCCAUUAUGUAGAAGAGGAAGAACCUAUAAAAUGGGUAGUUCAAAGUUGUCCUUAAACUAUGAAUGAAUAAGGUUUGAAGCACAGCUUAUUGUUUGUUGAAUGCAAGCUAACUACACACUGAACACCGAGAGAAGAUGGGCCUCAGUUGCCAAGGAAUCGUAUAAUCUUAAGACAAACACAUCUAAAUUUCCUACGAAGCCAAGUCAAACUCAAAGCUUUGGUAAUUUUAAAAUUACACGUAACAAACACCUAAUGUUUCGGGUACAAUGAUAUGAAAGUAAAAUGUCGAAAGACGAGAAAGGAAAAAUCAAAUGUGUACGUUUCAUAUGUACCAUGAAGACUGGAGAAUCCACUCGCGUUGUUUGAUGUUCGUAUGGGGCCAAGGCUGCGGGAUCUUUCAUAUCUUUGUAAGAACUUAAACUCGAGAACAUUCUUUUGAUCUAUACUGUGCACCGCAUAGUUUUGAUAGUUUGAACCCUUUUUAUUAAAACAUUUGAAACAAUUGCCUGUGUAUUCAACGAAGCUACAAAUCCAUGUUGUAAGACCGAUAGUAAUAAAUUCUCGGUGCGUGUGUGUCAAGGUCCUGGGGACACUCUAACAAAAUAUAAAUAUGUUGUUUGAAGCUGUGAAUGUAAAUAGCGGUGUUUAUUAUCACUAACGACGACUGGCCAUAUGGCACACACAUUCUAUUUUGUUAGAUAGCAAGCAUACAUGUGUAUCUUUGCAACAUCUGGCACUAGUGUUUUGACUGUAUGGUACUGUACUAGAAAACGCUCACAAAUAAAAACAUAUUUGCGUGAC